AUGAUCGGCGGCAACAGAAAGAAAACCUUCGGUUACUCCGACAAUUUCUUCUACGCCAACGAAGUGGCCGAAUUCAUCACGGGUCUAUGGCGACCCAAAAGCAACCAACCCUUAUGGGUCAUCAUACCAUAUUAUACAUACUCCAUUGUCAUGUUCUCCAACGGCUUCGUCUACAACGUUUGCGAGUACCUCUACUUGAAGGAGAUGCUCAAAGACAUACCGAAGUUGCUCAGCUACAUCGGCAUGUGCCUCACCCACACGUUGGGCAUCAUCAAAUUGAGCAUAUUCGUGUUCCAGCACGACAAACUCGAUUCGAUCAAAAAUCGAUUGCAGCACGACGACUUCAAGUACGCUUCGCUGGAUGAAAACGGACCCAGUACCAUGUUCUCCAACGAGAAACGAUUUAGUAAUUACAUCACCUAUUGGGUGUUCGUGAUGUACGGAUUUGUUGGAGUUUCAGCUCAUAUUUCAGCUGUGAUAUCGUUGAACAAGGCGCUACCGGGCAAUACUUUCGAAGGUACUAACAGAACCUGUAACGAGUUUCUGCCUUAUUACUUCCUCAUACCUUUUCCUACGAAAACGAAGAACGAUUGCAUAUUAGCAUCGACUUUCAUGGACUUGGGAUUCGCCACGUGGGGCUGGGUGAUCGCUUGUUACGAUGGGCUUUACAUGAGCUUGUUGAGAUGCUACAAAAUCCAAUUGAUAAUAGUGGGACACGUGGUACGUACGUUAAGACAACGUUGUUUGUUGAAGUUAAAUUUGAACGAGAAUACGGAGGUGAUGCAUGAUGAAGAGCAACCGGAGUUGGAGCAAGAAAUGUACAAUCAAUUGAAUCACACGAUUAAGCAUGUACAGCUUUUAUAUGGUGUUCGUGAUGAUAUAGAAGAUUUGGUAGUGUACGUGACACUUAUUCAAACUCUAUCUUCUCUAUUCAUUUUUGCUUCUUGCUUGUACGUUGCUUCGAUUGUACCGAUGUCUUCGCCGGAAUUUUUCGCCCAAAUGCAAUUUUUCACCUGCGUAUUGAUCCAAUUGAGUCUAAUCUGUUGGUCUGGUAACGAAAUCACAGUUGCUGGGGAAUCUUUGAGCAGAGCUUUAUUCGAGUCCGAUUGGUUCAGUUGCAGUAGAAGAUUCAAAAGUUCCAUGUUGAUUACAAUGACUCGGACUCAACGACCUAUUAUCCUGACUAUCGGAAAAUUCACUCCUUUGACCAUCACAACUCUAGUUAAUGUCUGUCGUGGGUCAUUUUCAUACUUUGCUGUUUUCAAAACAGUAAAGUAA